AUGGCUGAACCUGACUACGGUGCCGCUUCCUGGGCUCAUGUGACGACUGGUCCCAGACAUCAGGGUGCAGAGUUGGCUGCCCCACUUCUCUCUGCACAUGCUCCAUUCCAACAACAACUCCCGCCUCUGUACGGAGGCGUAUAUCUGCCCAUGAGCGACCAUCAAACACCCCAAAGCCGCAACGUACCAGAUGGAUCAGCCGGCAAUCCGCUCCAUGACCGCUCUCCGUAUCCACCUGCUGGAAUCCGCUACCCAUAUUACCAGCCGCAUAUGUUCCCGUAUCAAUUCACGGGUCAUCCACGACCGCCACCUUCUUUCUGGAAUGGAGUUGACCAUGUGCAUCCCGAUCAGUUGUUUUCUAACCCUAGUAACACGAUGCAAGGCCAUUUACCUGGCCAAACAAUAGGAAUACCACAUCAGAAUAACCCAUUAGCACCGGCUCUGAAUGCAGGAAUUCCGCCAUUUAUUCGACGUCGCAAUGAGCACAGGAUGGCAGUCGAGGCAAUGUCACGGAAUUCCCAUGCGGGGGGCAUGCGAACCCCUCACCAAGGUCAUCGGGAUUCAGCGCAUCCGGAAGUGCGGCUGCAGAGCACUAGAUCACAGCCCCACGAACACCGUCAGCCGAAUGAUCCAAUGUCUCCUGGAUCAGGGCACCGCCCGUGGGCAUCGCCUGGAGGCCAUGGUCGCCGUUCAGACCGCAGCAUCUCUCCGCGAACAUCAAAUCGCCGGAGUUUUGAGAGGUAUUCGGUUGACCUCUCACCUUCGAGCACGUCAUCUGACGCAGAAGAGGCGGCUGCCAGAGCGCCACCCCCGAAUCGCUUGAGGACCCGAACAAGAGACGUGCGUCCACGAUUCACGGGCUACCGCCCACAUAUUGAUCCCAACAUUGCCACUCCAAGACAGAUCCAGGAACUCAAAGAUGGUCUUCCGCGGCGCCUGCCAAGCGAGCUUCCCGACGAUGCAUCCAAAUGUUGUGACAUUUGCCAAAAGGACUACUCAGCCUCGCAUGUUCUGCCUACAGAAGAGGAGGAGAUUGCGGUAGUCUUGUCCUGUGGACACACAUUCGGAGAAUUCUGUAUUUUUCAAUGGCUUGAUACGUGCAAAACCCACAAAAACAAAGUAACUUGCCCAAUGUGUCGGAAGCAGCUGAUCGAGGCACCACGAUAUCUCCAAAGCAUGAUGCACGCCUUUCCUCGCAAUGGGCAAGCAUUUGUUGACCUAUUGGCUCGUGAGCAACUUCUUGCUAACGGAAUACCGCGUGAGUUCCACAACUUGUAA